AUGGAGAUGGUGAAACUUGUUGUGAUUGUUCUGCUGCUGCUGACAAAUGUUUUCUGUCAAGAUGUGGAAAACUGGAGAGGAGCCAGAGAAGAGAACAAAUGGCCAAACUCUGAAGUCAUUGAAGAUGUUUUCGUGAGACUGAUCAGAAAACCAGGACCACGCCAGUAUCUGAGACUCACGGGGAAGAAAGACUCUGGGAAAAUACAGCCAGCACAUAAACGACACAAAUUCCAAACCUUCGUGGGUCUGAUGGGGAAACGGAGCUUUGAGGAUGAAGGCUUCAUGGGAGCUGCACAGAGGAGCGAGGAUUACUGAGCAGAAAACAUCUGUUUCUCUACUUCGAUUCAUCUCAGAUCAACAAGAAGAAGUUUGUGUUUUCAGUUUGUCGUUGUUUCAUGAAAAUGUCUCAUUGAAUAGUUUGACACUGGGGGACACCAGCGACAUCUAGUGGCAGAAUACUGUAAACACUGGAAGUUAAACAACAGUGAUACUUGAAUGGUGCAUAAUUAUUAUGAUGUAAAACUCACUUUAUAAUAAAACCAUCUCACUCUUCGUUAUCAUCACAGGUUUAUUAAGUGACUUUGUACAAUACAAAUGAAAAAUAAAAUUAAAAAUACAGAGAUGGAGUACAUAGCCAAAGCAAAUCGCGGUGUCGAC